AUGCGGCCGAUGGUCAUAAGACUAGUCAAGGCCCAGAAACUUAAGGGGCUGACUAUUCAAUUUGUUCUUUUACACUAUCACAGCCACGCCCGUAACGUAUUACGGCGGAAGACGAUGGGCCCUACUACUGCGUCCGACAGCCCCGUUGCACCAAUAUUUGUCUAUGGGACGUUAAUGGCCGCCCCUCUCCUGGCCUGGGCAAUAAAGGGCGACUCGUCGAAAGCGGGAGACGUCCACUCUCAGCGUAAACCUGGGACAAUAACCGGUUUCGAAAGGCGCCGCGUCCAUCGCCGUGAUUAUCCUGCGCUCAUCCGUAGCAAUGACACUCGCACUGUUGAUGGAUAUGUAAUCUUUCCCACCAGCCCCUCGGAGUGGAAGAAAUUGGAUAAUUACGAGGGUAUUGUGGUGGAUAUGGCCGAUGGAGGCAAGUUGGAUGCAUCCACAUACGUGUGGAAGGGGGAAGCAGAGACUUUAGCAGAUGAGGAUUGGGUUUUUGCGUAUUUUGAGACCGAGAGACUGGACGCCUGGCUCAAGCGCUUUGGUGGAAUGGUGCUUGCCGGUUGA